GUGUGCGAAAACAUGGUGAUUUCCUCGUUCGAAAACGACUUGGUUCAGUUGACAUUCAAUUGUGAGAGAGAUGACAGUAAACGAGCUUCUACUGAUUAUACUGGUAAUGACGGCCACUGAUAUAACCGCUGAAGGUCAGCACUGUGGAAGACUGUUGGAAACUCAGCUUUACAAACACAAAACACACACGGAACAGGAUGAGCAUCCUUGGCUGGGACGCAUUCUCUAUAGGGAUGCAAACCAAUUCACCACCUACCGCUGCACUGUCGUACUGCUCCAUCCGCGUCAUGGCCUGGCGCCAGCUCUCUGCGUGACUGGAAGGUCCAUCAGGGAGCAGACCCCCUUUGCGGUCAUGUUCGGCAGCCCAGAGUGCUCAUCCGGCGGAACCUUCGAAAUAGAGGAGUUCUUCGUUCCGCCUAACUAUACCAACGCCAGAUACGAGCUCGACUUCGCUGUGAUCCGCCUUAAGGAUGAGGUUCCCUUUUCCCAGCACAUCCAACCCAUAUGUCUGCCUCAAUCUGACGAGAUUGUCCCGACCUUGGCGGGACAGAACGUGGAAGUAAUUGGCUUUGAAGUAUGGAGCUACGAGGUCAGCAGCUUGCGCCGGAAGACAUUCGCCCACUUGGUCGUCCAUUCGGUGUGUCAGGAGCAGUACAAGCACAUAUCGCCUCAUCUAAUUUGUGGCUACGUCCGCGGAACCCCUUUGCAGCAGGGAGCUAUCCUCGCAGGAGUUCGCCUAGUGGAAGGGGAACCAAGGCAGUACUACCUCAUCGGGCACCUCCUGGCCAAAUUUGAUUCGGUGGUUUCAGGAGCAGAUCUUUUCAUGUACAUCGCACCAUACAAAAAUUGGAUAGAGGCGAGAAUCAACGGAUUGGACGACAGUCAUAGGUUAUUAAAAGCACCUAUUUAAUACAUAUAGUGAACUACUGUUGUAUUUUUGAGUCAAACUAAUAUCACUUAAGUUGAC